AUGACAGAGGAAUGCUGCCUCUUGCCAACCCAAGUGCUCGUUCCGAAUCUUCAGUUGAGUUUUCCACCGCGAGGAGUCGCGGCUGCGCUGCCUCUUUUCCCCGACACACUUCCUCUGCAGUUUGAGUUCGGGUGCGAGCCGGAUUCGCUGCCGGCGCGACAAGAGGCGCAGACGAGCAUCGAUGGAAUCUCGGAGCUUCAUCUCCGCAGGGAUUGCGUCCAUCACGUUUACCUUGGGUCCAAGCACAGCCUCACGAAACGCUGCACCAGGUGCACGGGAGAGAGUCUGUCUCGGAUGUUCGCGCGGACGGCGGCGGCUCGCGCGUGGGACCAGCGCUGGAUUCGCUCCUGCCCGUGCAGCGGACACUGGACCAUCGCCUAUCACCAGUUUCCCGCCAAGAACCAGUGAUGAAACGAGCGCAGGUUGUCCCCGUGUAUUUUAUUUAAUGGACUUUAUCAUCGGCUGAAGGAGCCUAGGUAUUCGCUUGCCGGCCCAGGAAGAUUCUCAGUGACUCUCGUCGAUUCCGUUCUAUGAAAUGCUGCUCCAAAGUUAUUUGAUUGUUUUGCUUUUGUUAAUAAAAGCGUGGCACAAGUUUUGGUCUGUGAACGAUGC